AUGGCUUCAUUUGGCGAUGCGACACUCCCCUCUACGCGCCGGACACGCAAGUCCAUCGGCGCGACCUCGUCCUCGAGAAAGAAUGGCGACAAGGAGAAUGCGACAAUCGACGUCGGAAGCACCCUUGCGGAGAGCAGGAAGAAGUCCCGCAGCAAGAGUAUUGGCCCUGGAGGUCUGGACGCCCUGAAAAGUGCAAAUGGGAACCGCAGAGCUCUGUGCCUUCACGGCCUCCGCCACGAUCUAUCUUGA